AUGGCAGGCGUCAUUGCGAAGAACAUAGUUCGAGGUAUGCCCGAGCACGGAUAUGCAGUGUUUCCCACAUUUUCAUAUAUUUUCAACAGCCUCAACCUCAGGUAUAUUAAUUCCCUUAUGGUUGACGAGAAGUCUGACAGGUUUAUUUACUACUUUAUGGUGUUUGGGGCUUCCAUCCGUGGAUAUGCACACAUGAGAAAGGUCCUUGCUGUUGAUGGCACACAUUUUUCUGGCAAGUACGAGGAAGUGCUGCUAUCCGCUGUCGCUCAAGAUAUGCAGAAUUAUAUCUAUCCCUUAGUGUAUUAUGUGGUGGAUAAGGAGAACGAUGUGUCGUGGGAAUUCUUCUUCGAGAAGCUUAAGGCCCUUGUCAUCGACGAACCAGAGUUGUGCAUUAUCUCCGACAGACACGUAAGCAUAGCCAACGGCCUCGCAAGGCAUUAUCCGCUUGCGCAUCACGGUGUUUGUAUGAGGCAUCUCGGUGAAAAUCUCCGAACAAAUCACCAUUGUUCCGAUUCUCUCUAUUUGUACUACCAUGCGGCCAACGCAUACACAUUGGAAGAAUUUAAUGACUACUUCAACGCCCUUAAAGAAAGAUGCCUCAGCGCAGCAGCUUACCUCGAGCAUGAAGUUGGAUAUGAAAAGUGGAGUAAGGCUCACUUUCCAGGUAAUCGAUUCAACGUCAUGACCUCAAACAUCGCUAAGUCGCUCAACUCAAUGUUACGCGACGAAAGAGAGUAUCCAAUGGCGGCCAUUUUUAAUUCAAUUGCACAUAGGUUUGGAGAAAUAUUUAGGAAGAGGUAUGAGGAGGUGGAUAAUUCAAAGACAACAUUCGUUCCCGUAGCUGAGACGAUCUUGAGGAAAAACAUGAUCGAGGGGGACAAAUUAUAUGUGAACAACAUAAACGGAAGCACCGACGAAUUCAUCGUGCUUGGUUACGGUCGUUCCGCCAAGGUUAAUCUUUUGAGACGAUCAUGUUCUUGCAGAAAGUACGACUUGGUGAAAUUGCCAUGCGCUUAUGCAAUGGCAGCGUUGCGUUUGAAGCAUGGGGACGAAUACGUCACUAGCAUUUACAACUACUCUUCACAAAUAUAUUCGAAAGAAUCAUACCUCCUUGCAUACUUGGAACCUAUUUGUGCAGCACCACUGGAGUCGGAGUAG